CCUCUCAGCAUGCCAAAUGGCUGUCUAUUCACUUCAAGUAAUGGCUGACGCUGCUCACGCAAUCAAUAGCCUGUCCUCAUUUCUAUCACAUCAAGAGAUCAAAGAUGUAGACGGUCUGAAUCAGUUCCUUCAAUCUCUUCCAGAACCUGCUCCGAGCAGCUUAGGACGGCACCAACCCACCGAUGUGAUCGUCUUUUGUGCCUCUUCGGUUUUGUCACUGGCGGAUGUAGUUUUCUCGGCCGUGACCACCUGCGAAUUGAAGUCGAACAAGCAAGUUGCCAGAGAGGGACGAAACACGGUUAUGGUCCUAUGUGGUGGGAUUGGUCACUCGACGCCAUUUCUCUAUGAAGCAAUCAACAAGCACCCGGUCUACAGCGCGAUUGCCGAUGAAGUACAGGGAAAAGCCGAAUCGCGUGUAUUGCAACUCAUAGCCGAGCGCUGGUACGGCAUCCAGACCCAUGAUGUCGGAACUGCGGAAGCAACUAUUCAGCCAAAUGAUACGAACAAACUUUUGGUUGUAGUUGAGGAUCGCUCUACAAACUGUGGAGGGAAUGCAGCCGAGUCAAAACAUGUCCUCGAGGCCUGUGGGAUCCACUCACCGAGAUCCAUUGUCAUAGUGCAGGACCCGACAAUGUCAAGACGAACGGUAGCCACUUUCCAAAAGGCAUACGAGGGAGAGUCCAGCGUUGUACCUCGAAUCAAGAGCUGGCCUACGUUCAUUCCCAAAGUGAAAGUAGUCGAUACAUUGAAGGGGCCUAUUGACAAGGAUAUCAUGGUUCAACUUGAAUUUGCCGACGAGCAGUAUGACCAUAAGACGUCAAGCGGCAUAUGGAGCAUGCAACGCUUCGUUGAUUUACUCAUGGGGGAAAUUCCUCGCCUCAGAGACGACGGCGAGGGCUAUGGUCCAAGGGGUAGAGGGUUCAUCGUUCGUGUUGAUAUCCCGGAGAGCGUCGAAACUGCCUGGGCACUACUUUACAGUCUGAUAGGGAGACAGGGCAGAAGCUGAUGGAGUUAACGUGGACAAUAAUGAUAAAGUGAUCUAGAUAUGCGUCACUGCCAUGAGGUAGUCGAAUGGGAGCCUCAACACCGAGACAGAACGCGUGGAUCACGUUCUAUGAUGCCAUACUUCAGUGGGAAGAACAUCAGCCAAGUCCAGGCCACCAUGCAGGUGCUAUCUCAUCGGGUGCGGAUGGACCCCAUUUUCGCCAAGGGCGGGGUAACCCA